UGGUCACCAAUAUGUAUGAGAUGGGUUAUGAUGAUGUGGUUACAAUGGUCUGCUUAGAUGAGAAAAAUAAAACCAUUGCAUAUGCAUGGGAAACAGACCAAGUACCGAAGGGAAUUAACAUUGUCAAGUUAGGGGCGAAUCUGGAUGAGCUCAACUGGGAUGAUACCGAGGUCAACUUCACUGAAGAUUUUCUCUUAAGCUGCCCGGAGGUCACAAAAAAUGGUGAAUGGUAUAAUUUUGAUAAAAUUGCUUUUAUUCAGCGUGUUUUAUCGUUUUUUGACCCUAACCAAGACAGGGACAAGAAAUAUUUGAAAGAAAUGAGGAGAAGAGCCAGGAAAGAAAAGAAGGAUAAAGGAGGUAUAGACCCUGAAGAUGAAGCAUAUGCUUCGGAUCUAUAUCUCUCUUGAUUUAUGUGAGCUCAAUACGCGCUUGCUAAGAAGCUUAAGGCGCUGAAAGCACCCUUAAAGAAGCCUAAUGAAGUGGAGUUUGAGCAUAUCUCGGCAAAAGCAAAAUUGGCAAAGGAGGAGUUCAAAAGAUUGAACAAACUGAUGAUGGCCUCACCGAUUGAUGAGGAGCUUCAAGAGCAAUUGUUACUGGCUAGGAAAAAGGCGACGUUUCUGGGAGAGGCCGAGGCUAGCUUCUUCCAACAACGGGCCAAAGCUAUGCACAUUCUUGAAGCGGAUAAAGGCACGCGAUACUUCCAUGCUAUUGUGAAGCGGAAUGCAGCCCGGAAUGUUAUAUCCUCGAUCACGCGGGAAGACGGCAGUAUUACUAAAUCUUUAAAUGAUGUUGGUGAUGUAUUUGUUAAUUUCUUUGUUGAUUUGUUUGGAUCUCAUGUGGAUACCCUUGACCUGGACCACUCGGUUUUAGGUACUGGUCCUAUGAUUGAGCCAGUUGCUCAUGAUGGCCUUCUUGCUCCGAUAACGGAUAAGGAAAUUAAAGAAGCCUUGUUUGAUAUCGGGGAUAAUAAGGCACUUGGACCUGAUGGGUUCUCCUCGGCUUUCUUUAAAGCCAACUGGAGUGUAGUGGGGAAUGACAUGGUUCAGGCUAUUAAGGAGUUUUUUCGAACGGGAAAAUUGCUUAAACAGAUAAACCACAUUGUGAUAACACUUAUCCCUAAGACUAGUCACUCUCCAAAAGCCUCAGAUUAUCGACCCAUUUCCUGUACAAAUGUUUUGUACAAGGUUAUUGCUAAAAUUAUUGCGGCUAGAUUGACCCUGUGCCUUCCAGGGUUGGUUAAUCAAACACAGGGAGCAUUUGUGGAUGGCUGCCUGAUGUUUGAUAACAUUUUCCUUGCCCAGGAACUUGUUAGAGGAUACAACAGGAAGCGAAUUUCACCAAGAUAUAUGAUAAUGGUUGAUUUGCGCAAGGCCUAUGAUACCAUAUCUUGGGAUUUCCUUCGAAAUGUCUUAAGGGGCUUGGGCUUCCCCGAUAGAUUUGUUGGGUGGAUCAUGGAAUGUGUAUCCAUCACAUCGUUUUCUAUUUCGUUAAAUGGAGUUUUACACGGUUUUUUCAAUGGAAAAAGAGGCAUAAGGCAAGGGGAUCCUAUGUCCCCAUUGUUAUUCGUACUAUGCCUUGAAUAUUUUUCGAGACUUAUAACCAAAAGAGUCAAUGAAUCUAAAUUUAACUAUCACCCGAUGUGUGGGACUUUAGGUAUUACUCACUUGGCCUAUGCGGAUGAUUUUAUGCUCUUUUUGAGAGGGGACAAAUAUUCCAUUGAAAUAUUGGUCAACUCUUUCAAAGAGUUUGGGGAUGUUUCGGGCCUUAGAGUAAACCAUCAAAAGUCUAAUAUUUUCGUUGGUGGUGUUAGGGACAUUGAAUUGCAAAACAUACUAGAUCUUGUCGACUAUGGGCAUGGCGUAUUCCCGGUAAGAUACCUUGGAAUCCCAUUUGCACCGCUUAAGGUAUUCGUUGCCCAUAUGCUUCACUUUUGGACACGG